AUGGGCACCGGCGCGCUGGGCCGCGCGGAGCUGCUGCUGACCCUGGAGCAGCACCUGCCCUCGUGGCAGGAAGAAGACGUGGACCGACCGAUGGCGUCGCUGGCGAGCGACCUCGCGUCCGAGAUGUUGUUGACUCCCUGGGGCGAGCAGGUGAAGUACGAGGCGUUCCUGGCGUGGCUCUUCAAAGCCAAGGCCAGCCUUGCGCCGUCCGGCAGCUUCAAGGUGGCCCUGUUUUCCAGCGCGCCUUACGACAAGGCGUGGUUUGACAAGACAAACCAGGACUUGGCCAUGGGCAUUGAAUUCAGAUACUUCGAAGAGCAGCUCACCCUCGAGACGACAAAGCUCGCCUCUGGCUGCGAUGCUGUGUGCACCUUUGUUAAUGACUACGCAGGCGCCGAGGUGGUGGAGAAGUUGAGCCAGGCGGGGGUCCGGCUCAUCGCUCUGCGCUGCGCCGGCUUCGACCGGGUGGACCUCGAGGCCGCGCAGAAAAACGGCGUGACGGUGGCGCGGGUGCCGGCCUAUAGCCCAUAUGCCGUCGGGGAACACGCGGUGGCUCUUCUUUUGUCCCUGAACCGGCACAUCGCCCGGGCCUACCGGAACUCCCGCAUGGGGAACUUCAAGCUCGCGGGCUUGUUGGGACAAGAUUUGGCCGGCAAGCGUGUGGGCAUUAUCGGCACAGGUCUCAUCGGCAGCAUCGCGGCGCGCGUGCUGAAGAAGGGCUUCGACUGCGAGGUCGUGGCCUACGACGUCUUCGAGAACCCAAAGAUCAAGAAUCCGGAGCCAGAAGGUCUGGGCAUCCCCUACAUGGACUUGGACGCCCUGCUGGCGAGCUGCGACUUCAUUUCCCUGCACGCGCCCUUGCUGCCCACCACCAAGCACAUGAUCAACGAGGAGCGGCUGAAGAUCAUGAAGAAAGGCAUCAUGAUUGUCAAUACCUCCCGUGGUGGCCUUAUCGACACCAACGCCUUGAUCAAAGGCUUGCGGCAGGGAAUCAUCGCUGGCGCGGCGCUGGACGUGGUGGAGGGAGAGGCGCCCUACUUCUUCAGGGACCACUCCGGGAGCUGCAUCACGGAUCCGAACAUCGCGCUGCUGCUGCGGAUGCCCAAUGUGAUCCUCACCCCUCAUCUGGCAUUCUUCACCCGGGAGCCUUCCAAAAACGAAACCGGGAGGGUGCGGGAGUGGGGAACAGGAAAGGCCAUAAGCCACGGGAGCUAUCUCAAUCCAGGGAAAAUUGGGAAACAUUUUACCUUUGUGCUUAUUGUGGUUUACUGGGAAAUCCCCACUCAACUGCUAAAAGAUAGGUUUUUGCUCCCCUUCCAACGUCAAGAAAAGGAAAGGCCAGAAGCCACGGGAAUUAUCUUAGUGGCCUGA